GGCAGCCCAGGAAUAUUUGCACACAUGCGGUUAUCCGACAACAUCUCUUUUUCUCUAAACUGUAAUCACUGACUUUGCACAGUGGAUGUCACACUUUAAGCAAUGGUGAAGAAGGCUCUUAAGCACGUUCCUGAACCAAAACAUAAAGACAGCGGUUCCCGAGAAGGACGGAAACGAGAUGGGGAAGAUUCGGGGCAAACCAUUGCCAAGAAGUUAAAGAAGAAGCGGGACGACGAGAUCGAAGCAAAAACAGGAUGCAGCCUGCGGGUCGCUGGAAAGUGCUUUUCAGGUCAGAGGAGAGACAGACCGUCGAGCAUCGUGCAUUACAUAUACAAGAACACGCUGGGGCAGAACAUCCAUUUGCAGAUGCGGCAGUGCCUGCAGCGGCCCUUCCUGCGCUCCCUCGGCUCCUACCAGCUCUUCCGCACGGCCAGCCCUUUCGACCGCAGGGUCACCUGCCUGGAGUGGCACCCGGCACUUCCCAGCACCCUGGCGGUGGGCUCCAAGGGAGGGGAUAUCGUUCUGUGGGACUAUGAGGUUGUGAAAAAGACCUGCUUCAUACAGGGGAAGGGAGCCGGGGACUUUAUUGGGGGGAUGAAGUUCUGUCCCACUGACUCGUCAAAAAUCUUCGCUGCCUCGGGAGAUGGCACACUCACCCUGCAGAGCUUUGAGGGCCGUCCGGUCCAGAUUAUGUCCAGAACCCCUGACUGUGGCCAUGAUCACCACAAUGUUUGCUUCUGGUACUGCAGUGUGGAUGUGUCUCUGAGCCGCCAGGCGGUGGUGACGGGAGACAACAUGGGGCGUGUGCUGCUCCUGGGCAUUGACGGACAAGCGAUCUGGAAUCACAAGCUGCAUAAGGCCAAGGUGACCCACACAGAAUUCAACCCCCGCUGUGAUUGGCUGUUGGCGACAGCGUCUGUUGACCACACAGUAAAACUCUGGGACUUGAGAAACAUCAAGGACAAGAGUAGCUUCCUGCACAAGAUGCCCCACGACAAAGCUGUCAACUCCGCUUACUUCAAUCCCACUGACGGCUCCAAGUUGCUCACCACAGACCAGUAUGACCAAAUAAGGGUGUACAGCUCUUCAGAUUGGUCGAAGCCCCAGGAGGUCAUCUCCCACCCACACCGGCAGUUUCAGCACCUCACACCUAUCAAGGCCACCUGGCACCCCACGUAUGACCUCAUUGUGGCUGGCCGCUACCCUGACAAACGAGUCUGCCCGGGCGAGCUGAGGACCAUCGACAUCUUUGAUGCCAGCACUGGAGCUCUGGUGUCUCAGCUUCGUGAUCCCAACGCACCAGGCAUCAUAUCUCUCAACAAGUUUAACCCCAUGGGAGAUGUUCUGGGAUCUGGAAUGGGCUUCAACAUUCUGAUUUGGAACCGGGAGGAAAUGGUGAGCAGCUGGCAGGAAAGGCUGAUGAGUGAGAUGGGCGAGGAGCUGGGCCUGGGGAGCAGGGCCAGCAGGGCCAGCAGUUCCAGAGCCCAGCAAGGGACUCAACAUCGCUCCCGUGUGGAUGGGAGGGGAACUGCAGAAAAGGCCAGGCUGAAGAAAAAACUAGCGAGUAUGGAGUCUCCAGGAACCAAGACAAAAACCAAGACCAAAGAAAAUGUCAAACCACAAAAGGACAAGCAGAAGAAAUAAGCUAGCUGGUUCAGCUAAAAUGACAUCAACAUAAUGACUGCAUAACUUCAACCUAUGAAAGCAAUACUAAAAAAACACAGGUGGAGAUGUAUGUAGUUCAUUGUUUCAGUUUCAUUAAAUUGCAUUUUUUGUUGUCAGGUAUAAAUAUGCAACUGGAAUUUGCAGAUGUGUAUAUAGCAUUUACGGAAAUCACAACAUACCAUUUACAGAAAAAAACAUCCUUUGCAAGGAGUGAAAAAUUUCAAAUCAUACAGAGCAGCAUCUUGGGUUGUACCAGCACAUAUGACCAGUUUUCGUCAUAUGUCUGUUUGAUAGCUGACACUUAUGUUUAUGAUUCCAGGUGGCUACCACACAGUGAAUAACGUUCUUUUCAUACAGAUGAAAAUGAUGUCUGUGAAAAGCUGAUAUUGCUCCUUUCAUUGACUGAACAUUCUGUAUUUUUGUACAUUAAAAGCUGAAAAAACUAAUUGCUGUGAUGGGUUUCAGUGUUUGUGUAAGGCAAUGUGAACAUUCACAAAAUAACAAGAGUGGUUAAUUUAAAAGGAAUGUUUUAAGAAGGGCCAGGUGAGCCCUUUACUGAUUGCUGAAUGGAAAAGCAAUACCACCAUUACCAAAUUAACAUCUUAAGCAUAUUUUGAGAUCAUAAGGAUUUUGUACAAAUUAUGGGGGCAGUAUCAUUAAAACAGGUCAUUACAGAUGAUGAAUUUAUUGCUUGUGUAAUAAAUGUGUGUAUUCCCAUCCAGAACUAGUAUCCUAACAGCUUUAUGGAUUUAGGCAACUCAUAACAUCUUAGGCAUUAACACUUAAAAUUGUCCAAUUAACUUAACAUACAAAAGGUAUUAAAAGAAACAUUCAGACAUGUCCAGUCUAACAAGUUAAAAUGUUUCACAACCACUUUUCUGCUGCACUGAGAAGUGUAAGAGAGAAAAUUGUCUCUCACAAACACUCAAAUGUCAUGUGUUGCGAUCUUGUGAAGCUGAAUUCCCCCACAAAGUUUCAAAAGAGAAGGGGUUCCUUGCAUAUCAACUCCUUAUGAAAGCGCAAGUUCAGCACCUAAUAAAUUGCAGUCAAUUAAUCCUUUAAUUCAAUUAUCGCCUUGUGGCUCUUUCCUGUCAACAGGAGCUUUCAAUUCAACAACAUUUUAAAUAAUAUAUCUGACUUUAUGUGAAGUGAUCGUUUGACAGAAAUGCACAGCAUGUCAAGUACAAAAAUAAAUGAACCCUAGUAAACAUCACCCCUCUAACCACAGCAAACAAGGAGCUUGAUCCAUUCCAAUUAAAACCAGUGUGUAAUUUACAUUACAAUAGUAAGGCAAUGUUUUUAAUUAAGGCCCGCAACAAUACAGCAUUGUAUGUAGUUUCAGGGAGUUCAACGGACCAUCUAUUAAAUAUUUCAGGGUGGUUUCCUCUAAAAUCAUUCUGACAAGCCAUGAGAAAAUAACACAUAUCAGUGAACCAAAACCCGUUUUCAUAUAUACAGAUGUUAUCUCCUUUGUACACACAGAAAUGGCACAUACAAUCAUUAUUUACAUUUACAGGAAUGGCUCAUUCUGCACCAAUUGAGAAUUAGUGCGACUUGAGCGUCAGGAAUUACUUCAGUGUCAUGGUAUUUUCUGGUUCAAACUUCCGAGUGCAGAGCAGGGCAUUGCUGGACUCAAGUAAGAGGUUAAGGAAAGGGCAGCCGUAUGGUUAGAAUGUCCUACCCUUAAAUAUCACUGCUUCAUGAUUGUACCUUAAAUUUGAAACACUAAAUUUGAAAGUCCAUAAGCAACUGCAAUGGAAUCCUAAAACAGCAGGCAUUUCAGGCAGCUCCCUUUGAAAUACACCAAACUGACAAGCGACACACUGCGAAAAGCGUACUGUACAUCAGUAAAAUUACCACCAUGUAGUAGAUGAUUGUACGUAAAAAUAUCAGCAGGAUCAUAAAACCUUCCCAUCUACUGAAAUGAUCUCUAAAACCAUCUUAGAAUCAAAAAACAAACAAAUCAAAGUUAUUUACAGGGGGACUACAGCAUUACUGGCCCAUAAAUCAUGAUUCAACACUGGACUGACCACACAUUCUGGAGAUCUGCCUCUUCAUUAUGAGACUGAACUAGAUAGGGGCAAACUUACAUUAAAGCACAUUUCACAAGAUAAUAAAAAGCCAAAUUAAAAAAAAAAGAU